GGAGAACACACCGCGGUACCAGCGGGCAGAGCCGUUCCCUCUGAGCUGAUAUUUAAUUUAUUUUACAGCAGCAGACAGAGAGCUGUGGGUUGUCUGCCAUAGCCGGUGGGCAUACCGGACCUACCUGACGCAGAGGAAACUUGAUGCAAGACCUGAACCCGGAGAAUCGCGACAAAAGAAACCGGCUGUGGCCCAUCACCCAAAAGGCAACGGGGGGAGAGAAAAAGAUGGCCCAUUUCGUCGGAAGGAGAGCAUUUGUUGGAAACAAAGAAAUAUUCUAACGGAUAUGUUGUUCGGCCACUUUUAAAGGGAGAAUCGCUGCGCUACGUUUCAUCCAAGUUAAAGAGGAGUUAAGGUUAAAGUCACUGUUCUGACUUUUUUCCCCCAUUUUUCCUAUUAAGCAUUUCUAUACUUUGAAAUGUAUUUCAGUUAACGCUCGAGGCUUAAGAGACAUUACUAAACGAAAGGCAGUUUUUCUUUACACACACACACACACACACACAAAAAACAACAACUUUGAUGCAGACUUUUGCCUGGUUCAGGAAUCGCGUUCGAGUAAUGAAGAUUACAACUUCUGGAAAUCGCAAUGGGGCGAGGACUCAUGGAUGUCCCAUGGAAACAGCCAUUCAGCUGGAACUCUAACUCUUAUAUUAUGUUUAUGGUCAAUUUGACCGGAUUUCAAUUUUUGUGUUGAUCAAAGCGCCUGGUUAUCCUUUAAAUUUAAAAAUGUCCUUUUGGUUUACUUUAUUUUGAUAACUUCUGAAGAGCCAUUCAGCACCAGGUGUGUGUGAAAGAGGAACUUUCUCUCCACUGUCCUGUACACUAUUUCCAUGCCCUUUCUUUGAGAAAUAGACCAAAAAUGAGCCUCGCACGAUUUUUAGCCGAAGAAGCUUUAUCACAGCUUAUGAACUGGGAUAGUGAUGUAGAGGAAGAUAUUUCAGAGACUGAGGAUGCUUCAGAGCCAGAGGACUACGUCAUUGAUGAUCCAGGUUGUCAGUUUUCCCUAGACGAUGAGGAUUCAGAGGACGGGUCUGCCGGUGUCCCUUCAUCAAAUGAAAACCAAGAAAUGCAAAAACCGCCAUCCACAGAGGGGACAUUGACAUCUAAAGAUGGUCAAAUAAAAUGGUCAACAUCACCACACCAAACCCAAGCUAGAUUGUCAUCUUCUAAUGCCAUCAAAAUGACCCCUGGUCCUACAAGAUUUGCUUUGACAAGAGUUGAUGGUAUUGAAUCGGCCUUUCAGCUCUUCAUAUCCCCACCCAUAGAGAAGAUAAUCCUCGACAUGACCAACUUGGAGGGGAGGCGUGUCUUUCAAGAAAAAUGGAAGCCACUGGAUCCAUCUGACUUGCAUGCUUACAUUGGAAUCCUGGUAUUAGCUGGAGUAUACAGGUCAAAGGGUGAAGCAACUGCAAGUUUAUGGAGCGAAGAGUAUGGAAGACCAAUCUUCCGAGCAACAAUGUCUUUGGAGACAUUUCACAUGAUCUCUCGUGUGAUCCGAUUUGACAACCGUGCCACCAGAGCUGGUCGACGUGAGAAGGAUAAACUUGCAGCGAUCAGAGAUGUCUGGGAUAAAUGGGUCAAAAUUCUGCCAUUAUUGUAUAAUCCUGGCCCACAUGUUACUGUUGGUGAGCGCCUCAUUCCAUUCAGAGGACGCUGUCCUUUUCGACAGUAUGUGCCAAAAAAGCCUGCGAAAUAUGGCAUCAAAAUAUGGGCAGCCUGCGAUGCAAAAUCCAGUUAUGCAUGGAACAUGCAGGUAUACACUGGGAAGCCACUUGGAGGACCACCUGAGAAGAAUCAGGGAAUGCGCGUGGUACUGGAGAUGACUGAAGGGCUGCAAGGUCAUAACAUUACAUGUGACAACUUCUUUACAUCCUAUCGGCUUGGAGUUGAACUUCAGAAGAGGAAGCUGACUAUGUUGGGAACAGUCAGAAAAAAUAAACCGGAACUUCCCUGUGAGAUUCUGAAGAUGCAAGGAAGACCUCUGCAUUCCUCAAAAUUUACUUUCACAGAGAAUACAACACUUGUUUCUUACUGCCCAAAGAGAAACAAGAACGUUCUUGUGAUGAGCACAAUGCACAAAGAUGCAUCUCUAAGCACAAGAGAGGACAUGAAGCCGCAAAUGAUCCUGGAUUACAACUCCACCAAAGAAGGAGUUGACAAUCUUGACAAAGUCACAGCAACAUAUAGCUGCCAGCGCAAGUCUACCCGUUGGCCGUUGGUGGUUUUCUACAACAUUGUGGACGUGUCUGCUUAUAAUGCCUAUGUGCUGUGGACUGAGAUCAACCAGCACUGGAAUGCCAGCAAAUUGUACCGACGUCGAAUGUUCCUGGAAGAACUAGGCAAAGCACUCGUCACUCCCAAGAUCCAGAACCGGGCCAGGCCAGCUCGAUCUCCAGCUGCUGCAGCUGUCAUUGCAAAUGUCCAGGUCAGGGCGUCUGAUCAACCCACAAUGGACCCUUUGGAUAAAUGUGCAAAAAAACGCAAAAGAUGUCAAGUCUGUCCCUCCCGAGAUGACAGUAAGACAAGUACCUCUUGUGUGAGAUGCAAGAAGUGCAUCUGCAGAAAGCACACCGUGACAUUCUGUCCAUCAUGCGGGGAAAACUGAAAAUGUCAAACAUUGAAAAACCCCAAAAAACAGGCAAGUUAAAUAGUUAAAGAAAAAGUGUUAAUAAUUAAAAUCAGAAGUUGCUUAAUAUAGUAUUGAAAUUAGUUUGUUUAUUCUUCUCAUGUCUUCUAAAUGUUUGCAUAAUCUAAGAUAAAGUUAUUAUUGGGUUAAAUUAAUUUCCUGUCUGUUUUGUGUUGAUUUACACAAUGCAGGUCAAAAUUACCCGCAACAUAACAAAUGUAUUUUUUUUCUCAACAUAAUACAAGGAUUAAGCACAAAUUUAAUGAGAAGGUCAUUCUUACUCAAUCGGACUCUAAUGGUCAUUAUAUGUAGAUAGUUUUCUGUUACUGUCACCAUUUUUUUCUGUUGGGAAACACUUAUGGUUACUCAAGCAUGAGACAAAAUAAGGAGUUAUUUUAAACACUGAAUAAUUUGAUUGAUGGUAUUGUUGAAAGGUUCUUUGAAGUUAAAAUAAUACUGGGUUAAAAUAAUACGAGUUUGAUUGGCUGGGGGUAAAUUGAGAAGGCGCCAUUUUGAACUGUGCUAUGAUGCUGGAGGCCUAAUAAACCGGUUUUGAUGUACAGUUAA